AUGAAUAAAUAUUGUAAUAUUAUUAAAGUAAUACUGGAAAAUUGGGAUAAGAUAUUGACAUCUUUUGAAUCACAAUUUAAUAAAGACCAAUGCUGCGAACACUUGAACUACUGGUUGCACACUAAAAUACAAGACAAUAAGUACCGUUCUGAAGAUAUAAAGUUGCUUUACUUUGCAUGGAACUGGAUUAAUGAUUCAAUUACUGCGAAAAAUUAUUGUCGACAUAAAAAAUUUAAUGUUAGUGCAGAAGAUUUUAAGAAAAAGCUGAAGUUAUAUAUAUUUUUAGAAUAUAUUGAUAUCAUAAAUAGUGAAUUGACUAGAGUUCAAAAUUCUGAAAAAACUAUGUAUUGCAAUUACAUAAAGAGUAGUUUUGAUUUAUACUAUAGUAUGAAAUUUGAAGAUAGCAGUACAUGUUCUCAAAAAUUUAGUGAUGAAUUAGUUGCUUUUGAAAAGAAAAUUGAUAAUUCUAAGUUGUGUGAAUUGAAGAAUAAGUGGCCUCAUAGGUGUUUAGAUUUAGUAUUCAAUAAAAACAAUAAAGCAUUAUGUUCAUCAAAAAAAGAACAAUCUAAUGUGCAUAAUCAAGAAAGAUCGAAUGGAUUUGAGACAACAAACAAAUUUAAUCAAAGUGUUUUAGACAAGUUUUCUGCAUUUAAAACAUAUGAAGAAUUUAACAGUAACAAAGACUGUUAUAAAUACUGCCAACACUGUAAAAUUAUAUAUGAUUUUGAAGAAAGUUGCCCAGGAAUUAGUGAUUUUUGUAGAAUGUUAGUAAGAAAUUUGCACGAAAUAAAAUAUAGUAAUGAUAUUAAAGAUCGUUGUGGAUAUUUAUACUAUUGGAUAUAUGAGAAUGCAUGGAAAUUGUUUGGUCCAGAUUGGAAUAAAACGCAUGGAAAAGAACCUAUUUUUACACUUUUAAACAUAGGAUAUAAAAUUAUCAAUGAAUUAAAAAUUAAUGAAUCUUUCUAUAACUAUGAUACUAAAAUUAGUUUCGAAGAAUGGAGAAAAAAAACAGAUUUGCAUGAUUAUUUUGAAAAUUAUGAUAACAUAAAAAAUAUUACUGAAUCUACUAAUAGGGAAGAAAAUAAUAAAUAUUGUGAAUAUUUUACUUACAUUAAAAAAAUAUAUAAGAUGUAUAUAAGGAAAUGUUGUAAAUAUUAG